AUGCCGCCCCUACUCGCACCAUACGAUGAGGCCAUGCGUCUGCUCUUCGAGCGGGUGAUUGAAGCCGUCGACACGAUGGAUAUUUCGCGCGCUGCCACCAUCAAGACUGGUAGGAUGGAAGUCCAUGGACACAAGGACGCACUCAAUGACGCUAAGAUCGACGAUGCCGAUAUCAGUCUGAUGAUAUCAGUGCGGGUGAUGAGCCAAAUCACCAAUGUAAAAGGCUCUGCGAGAUUCCUUCCAAUCGAUGGGAUGGAGGUUGGCUCGCCCAGAUUCAACGAGACGUUCGGAGAUCCCUAUAUCUCUGCUCGGGUCGACAAACCUAGGGCUAUUCCGCUUGAACUUAAUACUCUACUGGCUGCCCGCAGCGCCAUAGAUAAAGAGAUAAAAAAGAUCGUUGCAGUGGUGGACAAUUUGACACGACACCCAGAGCUUCUGCCUAACAUCGACUGCCUCAACGCGAAUCCGAAGGACGAACUCGUGCAAGACAUCGUAAACGAAGCCCUUUCGGAAUAUUCUCAACCUGUUUUACAAGAAGAGUUCCCAGUGCAAGACGAUCUCUUCCUGCCUUCUGUUGCAGACUACUCGCCGAGCGAGUCGAGUAGCGGUGUCGAGGAGCUUCAUACACCUUGGACUUCUGAACACGACUCUGACAGUCUCAGUGGGAGAUCCCUUGUGUUUCGAGAAAAAGUCAAUACCUCAACUGAUCUCACAAUGCACGCACUGGUUCCGCCUGAAGUUUGGACGGACUUGCUACCUGUGAAGAAUGAGCCUACGACAAGUCUAAUCAGUCCGAAGACCAAGACCGUUUCAGUAUUCAACGUCAAGUACAAAAAGCUCCAGAUUCUUGCUGCUGUAUGCGGGACUCACGACGUGGCAGUUAAGCUCUGGGACUGGGUGAGUCCCGGCGAAACUGGAGAUCGACUGGUCAUCCCUAUAAAAGACAUCAGAACACUUGAAAACCGCGACUACCGUGGGGGCUUAAAACCAAAGACAACGACCAACCUGUCGUUCAUCUACAAAUAUACCGAUAGGCCCAUUCGUAUUUGCUCAUUUGACCAUGAUGAGCAGUCGACUGAAACACUGGUGAUUACCCAUGAGUCUGAAUCACAGAAUGCUACAUUUGUUCACACUUCGCGUAGUACCUGUUUUAUACUGGGUGUAACAUAUGGCGGCAAGAUCUAUAGUUCCUCUGAAGAUCUCCGACGGUUUGUGGACAAUGCCGAUUAUGGCACCCCACGUGACUGGCCUUACAUCCAAUUUAACCGCGACACUAUUAAGGAUGAGCAUUUGGGCAAAGAUGGUAUGACGGGUGUUGUCUUCUAUACAUACUCGAUGCUCAAUGGAGUUCAGAGCGCCGUUUCCAUGGGUAUCGCUGGGUGUAUGUUGGUGGAUCAACGACAACUUACGACCGUCACCAAGGAGACAGUCAAUGGGGCUAAUGAUGACUUAUUGAAGAAGGACAGCAAGGAAUUCAAAUCCUACCAGAUCACUCUAGGCAAAGGCAUCGAGGCACCAGGCUACUCUUGCACUUUCCAGCGCGGCACUCUCAAAGUCAGUCCCUCUGAGACGCCCUUCAUGCAGUUUGAGAAUGGCGUCAAGUUUGCCUUCAGGGACAAUGGUAGACUUGAAGUGCUUGACAAGCAGGAUGAGGUGUUCUGGUCCAGCGAGGAAGCACCUGAAGGUCAGGUCCCUCAGCGCCUAGAAUUCUGCAAAGACGGCAGGUUGCGGCUUUGGAACACCGACGAGCAGGUAUACUGGACGCCACUAGGAAGUCAUGGUUCCACAGUACCGAGUGAUGAGGGAAAGGAGGAAUAG